AUGAAUCCACACAACAGGACCAUUGUGGAAUACUUCAUCAUUCAAGGCCUUUCUGAUGUCCCUGAAGCCCAAGCUCCGAUCUUCGUCCUUAUUCUGAUGAUGUACAUGUUGACUCUUGGUGGUAACUUGGUCAUUCUUUUACUAUUCUGCACCGAUCAUCGACUCCACAUGCCCAUGUACUUCUUCUUGGCCAAUUUGUCCAUUAUAGACAUGUGCACCUCCUUCAUCACCCUACAUGGGGUCCUCCUGAGCUUCAUUUUGAAGGAUAAGACCAUAGCAGUAGGGACCUGCAUGAUCCAGAUGUAUAUAUUUUCCUCUGUCACUGUUGACGAGUUGCUGAUAUUGAUGGCCAUGAGUUAUGACCGGUACACAGCCAUAUGUAACCCUUUAUAUUACCACGUGGUCAUGAGUCCUAUAGUUUGUGCAAUGUUGGUGACAUUAUGUUGGGUUUUGGGAUUCGUCCAGGUUUUUCCUAUUGUAUUUUCCCUUUCCAGUUUCCAUUGCUACAUAUCCAACGUCAUCGAGCACUUCUUCUGUGAUGUAUCGGCUCUGAUGAAGCUCCGAUGCGAUGAUCUCUCAUUUUUAGAACUUUAUAUUUUAAUCAAUGGAUCGUUUCUCACAAUAUUUCCAUUUUUCCUGACCUUCUUCCCUUAUAUAUUCAUUAUAAUGGCCAUCCUUAAAAUUUGUUCCAUCACUAGUAGACGUAAAGCUUUUCAGACAUGUUCCUCACACGUCACAGUUGUCACUCUUUUUUAUGUGACUCUCAUAUGCCAAUAUCUCCGGCCAAGUUCCACGGGAGGUGUGGGCACCAACAAACUAUUCUCUUUGUUUAAUACAGCUGCUGUCCCCUUGUUAAACCCACUGAUCUACAGCUUGAAAAAUAAAGAUGUAAUGGAAGCUCUAAGUCGUAAACUGAAGCUACUCCAUGGUAAAUUGCACUUUUUAGGAGAAAGAUUUAACUACUAA